AACGAGAUGCCUUAAUAUUAAUAUUAAAUGUCUGAUGAAAUAUUCUCUGGCUAUUACUAUUCCGCUCUUCAAAAGUAUUUGCAAAUCCAUGACCCCGGUCAUACGUGGAUUUUUAGAAACCAACCGCGACGUCGUCGUCCGAUCAUCACCCUUUACCGAAUAUUGGAAGGGCCUUGAUGGCGCAUGGACCAGCCGCUUUUUAAAAUUCGCAAAGCAGCUGCAACCAGAACUGGAUGCGGCUACACGAUUACUCUCAUUAUACAUUAUAAUGUUAGGUGCAAAUGGAAAAUCUGCAGCAUCUUCAUGUACUUUUUUCAGGAGUGUGAUCUGUGAACGAAAUGACGAUCAAGGCGUGAUUGAAAAAGAUAGGAGUGGACUCAAUGACAGUGGCGAUAAAUCUCCAUUGGAAGUGAACAAACCUGUAGCUAAAAAACACCGCACAGAAUCCCUCGAUGAUAAACCGGAAAAGGCUCGCACAAUACUUGACAAUGCAGCUACACUUGUUCUCAAUUCCGCCAGCUUUCAGUGCUUCCCUGUCAAUGCUCACAGUAACUUUGGCGAGCUCCGCGCCAAUCCCAAACUUGCUUAUUUAAUGAUUUCCCCUCAGCGGAGUUUUGCGGUUGGAUCUGUGACACCUCUCAACGACCUUGGGUGUUUGUAG